AUGGACGCAUGCAAGAUUGAAUAUACACAGAGGAUUAUGAAUCUCUCGUAUACGCUUUACUGCACAUCCUCUCUAUCUGUAUAUCCAUCUGAAAAUUCUUCAGCAACAUGCCGGAAGCUGAAGCUAAAAGCAAGAACAGCUGAAGAUGGCCAAACACGAUGUCAUUGA